AUGGCCGGGGAUACUGAGGCCACAUUUGUGCUAUCGUUGGACGAUGAACCGGAGGUGGAGAAAACUGCGGAAAACACAUUCGAAGUGUGCAUAUCCUUGUCCGAUGAUGGACCCGAGGUUCGUUCCAUGUGUGGUGCAAAUUUCUUGCGGGAGGCUACCGAGGAGCAAACAAAACAAGCACCUUCUAGCCGAUCGAGGAAACUGGCCAGUAGUGGGAAACUCCGUGUUCCCGGGGUACCGAAAGUGGAUAGACCAAAUCCGGACACUGUGGACUAUUAA